AGGAGAGGCCCGGGCAGGGGCGAGCGCCCCUUGGCCAAUGCAGAGGGCUGGUGGGAGGCCGUGGUGGCAUGGGGACAGCCUGACUGACCUCAGAGCUCCCUCUGGGACAAGCGUCCUGCUCGGCCUGUCUCCAUAGUGACUUCUCUUAAAAAUUCCUUACUAGCUAGUUUUGAAAGUACGUAAUUUUGACCUGGGUAAGGCAUUCCUGUAAUUCAACGUUUGGAAAGUGUGAAAGGCAUGGCACGGAACGUCCCUCUUGCCUGUCCCCGGGUUCUGUGCUCUCACGUGAGGAAAUGAGUGUGUAUUUUUCUCUCGGUAUGUGUAUUUUGGGUCCUUUUGUAGUUCAUAAAAGGGAUGACGGGGUGUUCACGCUGUUGUGUGACGUGUGCCUCCCUCAGCAAGUGUAUUUUAACAACACAAACCACACACACGGCUCUGCGCCUUGCUUUUUUCACUUCCAUGACGUAAGAGAGCCCUUCCGCAUCGGCACCUAAGUGUCCUUGUUUCUCCCUGUGGCAGAUGGACCAGCCGUCGAGGGGUGGGCACCGUCUGUGGUCCUCGGAUGAGGUCCUGUCCGGUAGCUUUCCCCUUAGCCGCACAACGAGAGCGCUAGCAGCCAGCCGUGUGCCCCGCCGUCCUGCCGAGGACUCCUGCUGGCUUGUGAGGGGAGGGGCUUCCUGUUGACCGACGACGUAUAAUUUACGUGCAGUAAUACGUGCAGACCUGAAGGGUUGAUGCUGAUGAGUUUAGGUCCCUGUACCCCUGACCAUCACCCGGCUCACGCAGGACACUUCAUCAUCCACAGACCCCUCCUCUCCAGCCAACCCCUGCUAGCUUUGUCUGUUGACAGAUCACGAGGUGUGUUCUCAGUUGUGUCCGCUGUCUUUAACCCAACAGGACGUCUGCAUGACUCACCCCAUUGCUGUCUAGUUUGGAGCUGGCUUAGGGUGGAUUUCUCUACCAUCCCCAUUUUACAGAUGACAGCACUGAGAUUAAGGAAGGGCACACGGGGGGCUUCCCACCUGCCCCUCUUGAGCAUGGAAGAGGAUAGCGCGUGCCACAGACGCGUGCAUAGACACACAUGUGUGGACAGAUAUGCACGGACAUACAUGUUCCAACGGGCACAAGUCCACGGACGAGGGCAUAGACGCAUGCUUGGACACACACAGAAGCAGAUUGUGGCCCAGAAGAAGAUGACCCGCGCUCUGCUGCUCAAGUUCGGCAGGAACGCCGGCAAGUCCACCAUCACGGUGAUCGCCGAGGACAUCUCGGGGAACAACGGCUACGUGGAGCUCUCCUUCAGGGCGCGGAAGCUGGAUGACAAGGACCUCUUCAGCAAGUCGGACCCCUUCCUGGAGCUCUACCGGGUCAACGACGACCAGAGCAAGCAGCUGGUGUACCGGACGGAGGUGGUAAAGAACAACCUCAGCCCCGUGUGGGAGCCUUUCAAGGUGACCCUGAGCAAUCUGUGCAGCUGUGAAGAGACGCGGCCUCUGAAGGUGGGGCAGUGCCUCGUCUGGGACUAUGACUCCCGAGGAAAGCAUGAUUUCAUCGGGGAAUUCUCCACCACCUUUGAGGAGAUGCAGAAAGCCUUCGGGGAGGACCAGGCCCAGUGGGAAUGCGUGAAUGCCAAAUACAAGCAGAAGAAACGUCAUUACAAGAACUCCGGGGUGGUCGUCUUGGCAGACCUGAAGUUCUACAGGGUUCACUCGUUCCUGGACUACAUCAUGGGCGGCUGCCAGAUCCACUUCACGGUGGCCAUUGACUUCACGGCCUCCAAUGGUGACCCCCGGAACAGCUGCUCGCUGCACUAUAUCAACCCCUUCCAGCCCAACGAGUACCUGCAGGCUCUGGUGGCGGUGGGGGAGAUCUGCCAGGACUAUGACAGCGACAAGAGAUUCUCUGCUUUGGGGUUUGGAGCCCGAAUCCCUCCCAAGUAUGAGGUGUCCCAUGACUUUGCCAUCAACUUCAACCCUGAGGACGAUGAGUGUGAAGGAAUCCAGGGUGUGGUUGAGGCCUACCAGAACUGCCUGCCCAGGGUCCAGCUGUACGGCCCCACCAACGUGGCUCCCAUCAUCUCCAAGGUGGCCCGCAUGGCCGCGGCCGAGGAACACACUGGGGAGGCCUCCGUAGCAAUACUACAUUCUGCUGGUCCUGACCGACGGCGUGGUGACCGACAUGGCCGAUACCCGGGAGGCCAUCGUGCGCGCCUCCCACCUGCCCAUGUCCAUCAUCAUUGUGGGGGUGGGCAACGCCGACUUCACGGAUAUGCAGACGCUGGACGGGGACGACGGUGUCCUGCGCUCCCCACGGGGCGAGCCGGCUCUCCGAGACAUUGUGCAGUUUGUGCCCUUCCGGGAGCUCAAGAGCGCGUCCCCGGCAGCGCUGGCCAAGUGCGUGCUGGCCGAAGUGCCGAGACAGCUGGUGGAGUACUAUAGCUACAAGGAGCUGCCCCCGAGAGGCGUCAGCCCCCACACCCAAGAGGCCGGCCCCCCUGAGAGGGCAGGGCAGCCGGGAGCGCGGCCAGUCUCCGUCUCCAGCACCCUUGAGGUCCCGUAGGCGCCUCCGCCUUCCGGAGCCCUCCUGCGCCCACCCCGCCCCGCCCCUGUCCUCCUGUGACCCUAUUGCCUAGGCCAGGCUCCAGGACCCCCAAGGCUGAAGAUGAACAAAUCCAGGCCUGGGGAUCCCCGAAACAGGAGCUGAAGGUGUGGGGGUGCUGGCGGUAGCCCCCAUGCCUGGCCCUGCCUCCGCCAGGUUGGUGUGGAAUGGUGGGGGGAGGGAUUCCUGAGAGAGCUGGAGGAGGCUUCACAGCUCAGCUCCAAACGUGGGAAGCUUAGGGAUUGGGGGAUUUCUGCUUUGCACCCAGUCUUCAUUGAGGAGGGGCCUGCGGCUGCCUGCCAGUUGUGGAGGAAACCCCAAGAUGCCCCCAGGCCCCCUGAACCAUGGUCAAGAUUCCUCUUUGCUCCCUGCCUCCCUCCCUGCUCACUGCUGCUCCCACCUCUGCACCCAGGUCCGUGGGGUCUGCAGGUGGGGGCUGAGACAUAAUAAAGUGUCAUCUCGUCCUCAAA